UCCAUCUCAUAUCUCUGCUGCCUAAACUCCCUUGGCUCCCUUGUACAUAGCCAUUUCCAUCUACAGUACUUCCUCGAAUUGUUGCUCUACAUUCUUGAGCUCAACUAUUUACCCCAGGCGGUUAUAACUAUUUUCCCCCACCGAACCAGGCCUCAUCAACGAGCCCAUCUGUUCUACUUCUAUCACCAUCAGAUCACAAUGGCAGCUACUCGCUCAAGUUCUCUGCGUGCCCUGCGCGUGCUCUCGCAGCAGCACUCUACCACCCCGACCAUCCGUCGGGGCUUGCACAUCACUGGCGCCCAUUCUGCACAGCCCGCCAAUGUCUCGGACAGGGCCUCUCUGUAUGCCAGCCGUACUUUGACCGAUCUCAAGAAUGAAUGCUCGAAGCGGUCCUUGAGAUCUAGCGGCACCCAGGCUGAGCUUGUCGAACGCCUUUCCAACCAUGAUUUCCUUCAAUCCCGCGCCUUCAGCAUUGCUAUGAGGAGGAUUAAUGGUAGUUCCAGUGCAGGGAAGAGCCACGAUCGUCAAUUCAACACUUCCCGUUCUAGCAAGGCUGUCAAUGACUCAUCUACCGUUGACUUCGCCUACAUGCCCUCCAUGGCGGAGAUUGAUGGAGCUGCUGCGCGUGCCGAUCCGCAAAUCCCGAUUCUUUCCGAAAUCUAUACCCAUUAUGACGCUACCCAGACCCAGAGUGCCCCCAUGAGACCCCAGGUUUACACUGUAUCCGGGGGUGCAGCAGAUGUUUCGGCAAGCCCCAUGACCGAGGUUGUCGACAACCACUCGGUGGAUAUCGACCCUUUUUCUCUAACCGAGACUGUUGGGAAAUCCAGAUUCGGUCAGGAGCUGAAUAGGCAACAGAACGGCUCUUCCGAACCGGGUGUAGUCCGGGAACUUUGGAGCGGUUUCUUGGAAGAUCUUUUAGGUCCCAAGCAGCAGCACGCGGCGAAACACUGAUGUUUCCCUGAUGUUUAAUUUUGUCUUCUGUCUCGUUUCUAGCGAUGUGUGAUGGUCACUCUCCAUGGACUUUUCUACCUUCUUUCAACCAAGCCUUCUCGGCAAUGCAACAUAGUUUGAUCCUCCAUUGGAUGAUGCUACCAAUUUCACUCUGGUUUAUUCCAUGCAUAGCACCA